GAAAACGUGUUUCCUGUUUGUGUCGUGUUUUAGCCGAAAACAGUUUUGUUCUUAUUGAAGAUAGCCGUUGUUUAAACAUGUGGCUGAUUGUAAUUUUAAUUGAAGGGAGAUGGCAGCUACACAGAAACUGGCCUGUUUCCGGUUACCUCCUCUGCCUACCAUAAAGGAGAUUAUCAAACUGUAUAAUCUGAGAGCAGAGAAACAGCUUUCUCAGAACUUCCUCCUAGACAUGAGACUCACAGAUAAGAUUGUCCGGCAGGCGGGAAACCUGAAGGAUGCGCAUGUGUGUGAGGUGGGACCUGGACCCGGGGGCCUCACCAGGUCUAUUCUGAAAGCUGGAGCAGCAAACUUAUUAGUGGUGGAGAAGGACACACGCUUUAUUCCAGGAUUACAGCUUUUGUCUGAGGCUGCUCCUGGAAGAAUGAGGAUAGCACAUGGAGAUAUUCUCACAUACAGACUGGAAAGAGGGUUCCCAGCCCACAUAGCCAAGACAUGGGAAGAUGUACCCCCCAACCUGCACAUCAUUGGGAAUCUGCCCUUUAGUGUGUCGACUCCUCUCAUUAUAAAGUGGCUGGAGCAGAUGUCGAACAGAACUGGGUGUUUUAUGUUUGGACGUACAAGACUUACACUGACCUUCCAAAAAGAGGUGGCUGAAAGGUUAACAGCCAGCACAGGAAGCCGUCAACGCAGCCGUCUGUCUGUCAUGGCUCAGUAUCUCUGCACUGUCAAAAACUGUUUCACCAUCCCAGGAUGUGCCUUUGUUCCAAAACCUAAUGUGGAUGUGGGGGUGGUGCACUUCACUCCGCUGGCUCAGCCCCAGAUCCAGCAGCCCUUCAAGCUGGUCGAGAGGAUUGUCAAGAAUGCCUUCCAGUUCCGGAGGAAGCACUGCCGCAGAGGGCUCGAGAUGCUGUUCCCAGAGUCUCAGCGUCGAGAACUGACGGAAGAGUUGCUGCGCGGUGCUGAUGUGGAUCCCACACUGCGGCCCACAGAGAUCUCUAUUUCUGAAUUCAGGGCUUUAGCAGACGCCUACAGUAAGCUUUGCGAGGAGAACCAAGGCCUCAUCGACUAUGACUUCAGAGAAGAACUGAAACUCAAGCAUCAGGCAAAGAGACAGUUGGGCAGCAACCAUAAAGGACUUAAGCUUCACACCACAAUGGAGGAAAAUGUUAAUGACAACCACUAAGGCAGCAGACUCUUAAUGGUGACAGUUUCAUCAGCUGGCAUAAUU